AGAACCCAGCCCUUGAACUCAGUGCGUCACACACAUGAUCUCAUUCAACCCUCACACCCUGUAAAGGCGUCACCAUGUCUGUUUACAGGUGAGGAACCUGAGGCUCAGAGAAGUGAAGUGACUUGCCCCAAACCACCCAGGACUCCUUACUUCAAAGGACAGGCAGAAGUUUAGUCUGGAGUCGGUGGUAGGGAAGAAAAAAAGUUUUAAUGCCUUGCCUGUUGCAGGUUGUGUGACAGGACCUGCUUCCUCAACCCUUCUGAAAGCCAGCCUACCUGAAAGGCAACCCUCCUGUGGCUAUUGUGAGAACGAAAUGGGGAGAUGGAUUUAAAAGCCCUUUGUUUACAAACUAAUUGUUAGGAGCAGAAAAACCUAACACAAGGGAAAGUGCUUGGAAUAGGGCGCUUGUGCCAACAAAAAAAAUUACAAGAUGAGGCCUGAGAAUGUGCUGAGAGAAUGAAGGAAAAUUCUGGAACACGAUGGGGGAUGGUAAUUGUUGGGAGCCUGUAACAGGUGAGAGACUAUUUCACUGUGCAAAUGAGGAAGCCAGGUUGCCAGCUCAGGUGGCUUUCCUCCAGCAGCCUACCUCCUUUCCCUAGCUCAGGAACAACAUAGCUCGCUCUGGGAGUGAGCCUGAGUGUGUCACCUGAGUCUAGGUAGUAACCUUUCCCCCUACAGUGUGGGUUGUGGGGAUAAUGGAACAGCCUGUGGGCUUCAGAGAGAUGUGAAGUGGGUGAAAGAGGGCUAAAAUUAUAGCUGUUGGGGGUAGGGAGGCCAGGAAGAGAAGGUGAAAGGCAGUUCCCAGGGCUGUGAGCCAGAGUCUGUAUCCUGGUGGGUUGAGUAGGCUGGGAAAGCCUCACCUGGUAAUAGUGAGAGACACGUCACAUUACCCACUCUGAGCAUUUUCAUCCUUGAAAUUGACCCAACCAUGUUCUUUCCAGCUCCCACGCAAUGGGAGUUUUGCGUUUACUUCUAUGUGGUUACCUGGGCCUUAGAUUGCAAAUUGAAAAUUCAAGAGAAUGUUUCCGAAAUAGAAAGUUUUUGAAAUUCUGGAAUGAUAAGUCUCCCUUUUGGUAGAUGACUGUCAUUCCGGUGUGAGGAAAAUGGAUCUAACUAAACCAGAAGUACUUUCUUUCCCUUCCCCUACUUGCCUGCUUCUGGGGGUAGAGAGGGGAGAUCCCAGGCCCAGCAGGGUGGCACCCAUCUGCUUAAGGAAAGCGCAUCAUAGUAAGGAUAAAACUGCAGGUGCAGAGGAAGAAGGAAUGACUUGGAGCUGAGGGGCCUGGCAAGUGAAUGGGACUUGCUUUUACAGUGCAGGCAGAGGGGAUGGCAGAUGCCAAAUUGCAGGGAUGAGAGAGGGCCUGGCAUGAAAGUAGAGAUAAUAAUAGUACAGGCACACCUCAGAGAUGUUGCAGGUUCGGUUCCAGGCCACGGCAAUAAAUGAGUAUUGCAAUAAAGCAAGUCACUGAUUUUUUUACAGGGGAGGGUCUUGCCUUCCAUUUGUAAAAAAAAAAAACAAAAACCUGUGAAUUGCAACAAAUAUGAGGUCCACCUGUAGCUGAGCUCAACCUGCAUCAGGUGCCUAGCACAACAGUAAUGUCAGCCAUCAUUAUCACUGCUGCUAUUGUCAUGAUGACGGUGACACCAUACAUCCAGGAAUUGAUACCCCCCCACCCCGGAGCUAGUUAAGUGGCAGAGCCUAAUCCCAACACUGACCCAGGUAAUGGCACAUCCCAUGCCCUUGCCUCCCCUCCUCAAGGCCCAUCCAAUUUUUUCUGACCAUCCACAACAUUUGUGAGGCCCGGAAGUGGCCCCCAUCUGUGGACAUUCUCCACGAGCCCUGACAGGAGUUUCUCCCCUUCUGUAGAAGCAGAGGCUCUGGGUUCAGGAAACAGCAGAAACAAGGUCUGAACAGCCAUCCUCUCCCAGCCUGGAUCCUGGCAGGGAGGCAGGACCGCUUCCCAGCACCCCAGCCUCCUGCAAUGUCCGACCCCAUCACACUAAAUGUUGGGGGAAAGCUCUACACAACCUCAUUAGCAACUUUGACCAGCUUCCCCGACUCCAUGCUAGGUGCCAUGUUCAGUGGGAAGAUGCCGACCAAGAGGGACAGCCAAGGCAACUGCUUCAUUGACCGUGAUGGCAAAGUGUUCCGCUACAUCCUCAAUUUUCUACGGACCUCUCACCUGGACUUACCUGAGGACUUCCAGGAGAUGGGCCUGCUCCGCAGGGAGGCUGACUUCUACCAGGUGCAGCCCCUGAUUGAGGCACUACAGGAGAAGGAGGUGGAGCUCUCUAAGGCGGAGAAGAAUGCCAUGCUGAACAUCACACUGAACCAGCGUGUGCAGACGGUCCACUUCACCGUGCGUGAGGCACCCCAGAUCUACAGCCUCUCCUCCUCCAGCAUGGAGGUCUUCAAUGCCAACAUCUUCAGCACCUCCUGCCUCUUCCUCAAGCUUCUGGGCUCCAAGCUCUUCUACUGCUCCAAUGGCAAUCUCUCCUCCAUCACCAGCCACUUGCAGGACCCCAACCACCUGACUCUGGACUGGGUGGCCAAUGUGGAGGGCCUCCCAGAGGAGGAGUACACCAAGCAGAACCUCAAGAGGCUCUGGGUAGUACCAGCCAACAAGCAGAUCAACAGCUUCCAGGUCUUUGUGGAGGAGGUGCUGAAAAUCGCUCUAAGUGAUGGCUUCUGCAUUGAUUCUUCUCACCCACAUGCUCUGGAUUUUAUGAACAAUAAAAUUAUUCGAUUAAUACGAUACAGGUAAAAGGACCCCAAGCCACAUUGGAGAGAGGCUCCCAAGAAGCUCCACAUCAGCCAAGAUCUUAGCGUGUCACCAGUGGUGUGAGGCAGGGCACUCUGCUAAUCUCUAUUAAUCGUGUAGCAGGACUUGAUUCCCCCCAUGAUGCAGUCCACCUGUAGGAAUCCAUGUGUCCUCAACAGAUCCUCCUUUUUUCUUGCCAUUUUGAGCUGGAGAUGGCAGUCUGUUACGACAGGUGGAGAGUCUGUCCUCCUGAGGAGGCCACCAGAGGGCUCACUGGCUAGACAUAGGAGCAGCAUUUCUGUCAUGGACUCCAGCUCUGUCUGUACCACUAGGCAGCGCCUCACUUGCCCAUCUGAAUCAGAGCCCCUGAUGGAGGGGACGAGGUGAGAACAAGAUGCUCCCUUCCGUUUCCCAGGAUGGAAAGUACCCGUGGAUCCUCAUCACCCCUGCUCUCUGUCCGGGAGGAACCGGGACCUUGGACAUGUUUGCCCAAGGGCAACCAUGUUUGACUGGCUUGGAAAAGCAUUAUGUUCUCACAGCUCUCUUGCCCCUGCGGGCGGAGAGAUCUGAGCUGCGGCAUGGUCUAAAGGAGUAAGUGUGCAAGCAGGGGUCGAAGGUGGAGACGUCCCUUUUGACUGGGUCAACUCUAAGCAUUUGAGGAUUUUUGGCCUCAGAAAUGGGCUGCUGUCCCUGUGAAGGCUUGAAAAGCUGGAGUCAGUGCCAUGAAAGGCACCUCAUACUGGGCCUAACUUUUGUAAUCCUUUCCCCAAGAAUUUAAGGUAUCAUUGAAACAAGUCAUUUUAAACAAAUAUAUUAUGAACUCUCCAGGUUGAAAAGUAAUUCAACAGUUGCGUAGUCCUCGCUCACCCCAGCACACCACAGCACAUUUGGGGAUGAGUCUCCCUCCCCAGCACCUCCAAGCUAUCACCUCUCCCCGCUUGGCGUACCUCCAGUGGUGGGAAUAGCAUCAGCCCUGAAGCAGCCCUCGCCAUGGUCGACUGGUACUGGCCGUUAGCAAGUUCUUAUAGCGAGGCAAACUGUCCUUCUACUCCCAUUUUCUGGUCUUGGUUCUGUUUUCUAGUCUAAUUCUCACCCAAAUAUGUAUUUCUCUUUCAAAAUAGUCACCUUGAGAGGCACUCGUUCUGAAAAUAUUAUUGGGCUCUGUCUUCAGAACCAAGGUUGGCCCUCUGCUAUCCCCUGUACGUCAACUCGAUUCUGUUAGGACUUUGCCUCCCUUGUGACCCCAUUUACCCACCUAUCUCACCAGCCACAACUCCAGAUACCCUGUGACCAUCUUCUAUUGGAGGAUGGAGAUUUGCUGCCCCUGAGGAAGUGCUUCCAGGCCAGAGCCUUGGAAUACGGUGUGCAGUGAGGAGCCUGAGUGGUCUGAACCAUAACACUGCCCUUGGACUGAGCGUCCAGCCCCUAAGCCACUGUUCUGAAGGCAGUGGCCUUCCCCUGUAGUACGUUCCUGGUUAUAACCAAACCACGGACCUCCUUGGUGUGAGAUCCAGGGCAAGACGCCCCAAGCCACUACUUCCCAGGGGGUGAUGAGCAGUGCAGGCUUCAAAACUGCACAUUAUGAUUCACCCCUAGAGUGAGUGUGGCCUUGGGAGCCCCACAGCUUUCCCACCGGGUAGGAGCCCUCAGACAAAGCCAGGAAGGCCGCCGCACAGGGGCCCAGGAGAGACGGGCUGAGGAAGGGGCUUCCCAGAGCUCUGCUCUGUGAGUAGGGAGCCUGUGCACCGGGCCGUGGGCAAGGCCACAUCCCUUAGGGAAUACAGGCCUUGUCCUCCUACAGUGGGACCCAGGAGUGACAGCUGCCCCAGGCCACCAGGCCAGUGGUACUCAAAUAGAAGCUAUGACCGCAACAAAACAGUUUAAGGAAGAAUCUCAUAAAUUACCACUGCCCUUUUCUCCUCUCCAGAAAAUUCUUUUUCUCCCCUCUUUUUGGUGCUUCUUAAUUCCAGCAGCUUGACUUUAGAGAAAGGACCUAUGAAGCUACUAAUGUGCUGUGUGACUUUAUGCAAGUCACUCACUUCACUGAGCCACUUCUGUUUCUUCAUCUGUGAAAUGGGCAUAACAGUAAUACAUAACCCUACCUACCUCACAGGGCUGUUGUGAGGAUCAAAUGGUAUAAUGUAUGUGACAAUACCAUAUAAAUGACGAAUAGUUGUUAUUAUUUUGUGUCAGCUUAUAAGACAAAAAACCCAGGCCUUGGACACCUGGAUUUGAAUUCUGGCUUCGUCACUGCUGCAUAACCUUAGACAAGUCACUGGUCCUUUCUGAUUUGUUUCCUCAUCAGAUAAUGACCACCCCUCCCAGGUUUACGCAGCUUAAAUGAAAUGCAUGUGAAGAAAAUUUUUUUAAGAUUUAUUAAUUUUCAGACAGAAUGGAAGGGAGGGAGAGAGGGAGAGAAACAUUAAUGUGUGGUUGCCUCUCACAUACUCCCUACUCGGGACCUGGCUGGAAACGCAUGCAUGUGCCCUGACUUGGAAUCAAACUGGCAACCCUUUGGCUCGCAGGCCAGCGCUCAAUCCACUGAGCCACAGCAGCCAGGGCUGCGUGUGAAAAUUCUUAACUAGGCCUGGCACACAGGAACUCUGUAUAUACUUGCUCUUUCAGGAGGUAGUAAUGAUGGACUUCUGGGCAGGGGUUACCACUUUCGCAAGCCCUUCUGGAGUGUGUGAUAUGUGGGCCCUGAGGACGGAAACAGCCACAAAUAAAAACCCAGAGGUUUACACAAUGUAAAGCUGCAGGAACUUAGGGAAAGGUUCAUUCUCUGAGGGAUUAACAGAUGGUGCAGCCGGGCCUUUGAGGGUAGGCUGGAGAGGCCCAGGAGCAGGCAGAGUGGGUAAUGGAGGGAAGGUGAGCCUUCACAGUGCCACAGCACAGUCGCUACGCACAUGUCUCACUUGGGUGAGUGCAGCCAUCUGCUUAGCAAAACAGAGAACACUGAGCAGUGCCGGCAGCACCAUCCCAGAGGACCGGAGAGUCGGGCUGGGUGCAGGCUGGCAGGCAGGGACGUGGGGUUGCUUGCUGGCCUCUCACUGCCCUGAGUGAGGCCAGUGCUGAUCAGUGAUCUCAGCCAGACUCAGUUCACUUAGCCUUGUGCACAGCCGAGAGCUGUGUUCCAAGGGAAGGCCAGUUCCAGGCAUGUGUGAGUUUGUGUCUCUGUUCCUAUCCUAGGCGUGGUCACAGGCUUGCAAAGAGACAGGGUGCUCAAGGGGACACCUUGCUGAGACACCUGAUGGGAAGGCUGCCGCUGACUGCUCCCUGUAACCUCAUCCCCUCAGGACCACCUGAAGCCCUUUGCCUUUUUAUGAAGGGCAAGCUCUGUGACCCUCUGUUCUGCCUUUGAGCCAGAGCUCCCUGUGCAGAGGUGGCAUAGUCCCCGCCCACACCUCAAUGCCCAACCCAGCCCUGGAGGCCAAGACGUGGUCACUCUGGUUUGUAAGUGGCCCAGUGGCCUCAAAUACUAGCAUUUGUAUAACUGCCCCUUUGUUCAUUCCAAACUUUCAGCUCUCUUACAAAUUACUCCUUAAGACAGGGUACUGCGAGUGGGAGACUGGCCAAGGUCUACCUUAGACCAAUUUCUUUGCUCACAUGGCCAGCAUGCCAGCCCAUCCCUUCCCUGAACUGUGCAGUCUCUUCACGCUGAUCGCUUGUGUCUGCCUGAUGGCUCAGGGCUGAUGAGGGCAGCUAGCAUGGAAACGGGGCCCCAUGGCCGUACGCAGAGCAGGGCAACCUUGAUAAUAGGCCCAGGGAAGGGGCCAGGCUUGUUUCCAGGCCCACAGGGUCCUCGGUCUGGCAGCUCUGUCUGCCCAGACAGCCCAGUGACCCCAGCCUCCUUCAGAACCUUCAGGACAGUGUGGCACCAAGCAGAACUGCAGAGAUAGUCUGGCGCCAUGCUCACCCCAGUCUGAGACACAAGGACCAGGGAGGCCCAGAGGAGUAAAGUCGGUCUGUGGAAGCCAGAGGAUCGCUGAGCAACUCAUAGCAACCAGGACCCCACAAGACACAAAGGACGACAAAAUGAGCUCCGAGCCCUGCUCUCUGGCUCUGACUUCUGGGCAGGAAGUGCAUGCCUAGCCAGGUGUACCUGAGCCUCACUGCCCUGUCUCCUGGUCCUAGUUCCUGCCAACUUCCCUGGCCCUCCUGCCCCAAAGUACAGGGCACUGCAAAGCCUUUGUCAACAUUUCCCAGGUAGCUGGCAGCCCUAGAGUGUUCUAAACUAUUCUCAUGCCAGGUCUCUCCCCUUUUACUGAUUGGUUGGGUAAAGGCCUAAUUGAGACACAUUUGAAACCCUCUAAGGACCCUGCCAGCCAAAGACAAAGGUUAUCAUGUUGGGACAUGGGUACUUCCUCCCAACCCCAGUUAGUUCACUUUACAAACCCAGUACUGGAUUUGCUAAGUAAACACCCUUUUAUCUGGCACAUCAUAGGUUGCCACAUCUUUCACGUCAUAGCUCCUUGUCCAGUUUCCUUUCACCAACCCAUAGAACAGGCCACGUCACUCCACACCUCUGGCGGGCUUCCCUUCACUGCUUUAUUUUCAUAGCAAACACUUGCUCCUCCUUCCCCACUGCCUGAGCCUUGCCUCCUUGGCUCACCACUUAGUCCCAAGCCCCUUUGUGCCACCUGGUCCCUGGGGAGAUCAUUUAUCAUAAUGCAGUUGUUCGUAAGCAGUGUGGCGCUGGUAAAUACUGGGUUGGCCAAAAAGUCUGAAUGGUUUUUUCCAUAAGAUAGAAAACAGAUUUUUCAUUUUCACCAGCAACUUUCUUGAUUGGGAUAUUUUGAGUAUGUCCACUAUCUCCCACGUGGUAUAAUAGCAUUGGUUGUUCUCAAUUAAUGUGUCGAUGUGAUCACUGUCAACUUCAACUGGUCUACUCAACUGUGGAGCAUCAUGCAAUGAGAAAUCUAGCACAAAACCACUUUUGACACAUUUUAUCAGUCACGGCACCUUCUCCACACAGUGUACAAAUCUUUUUUUUUGCAUUUCAACCUUUCUUUAAAUAAUAAAGCAUAGUAUGCCAAAAAUGUUGCUUAUUUUCUUCUUACUUUAAUACUAAAAUGACUACAUAAAAAUUCACCAAUUUUGAUAAUUUUUUUUAAAAAUGUGCACUGAUAUGACAGCUGUCACAAUACAAUCUAACAAAAUGGUUUAGAAUACAGCUAAAGACAGCUAAGCAGUACUAGAGCCAUCUCAUGGAAAAACCAAGUGAAUUUUUUGGCCAACC